AUGACCAUUACCGCGAUGCUUUCCCGCCUACCUCGCCAUCCAAUUACAUUUUCAGCUGCAGAGGACGAUCUUCAGUAUCUAAGGACUAUGCAGCUCGACAAAUUCAAAAGGCCCUUGGAGAUGCCGGCCUUGGAGCGAAGAAACUCACCGCGCACUCCUUUCGAGGCGGUGCGGCCACCAAUGCGCUCAGCAAAGGUACAGAUGCUCAAAGUUAUGCUUGCAGAGAGAUGGAAGACAUUCACAUCGUUCAAACCAUACGUUGGCCCGGUACCCGUCUAA